UGGGGUUGGUGCUUUCGUCGCAAGGGAGUGAGAGUGGUGGUGGUGGUGGGGUGGGCAGUGGGAAGGCGAGUGGGGUUGAGAAAUCAGAUGGUGGAGUCACGUAGUGUGUACUGGGCUGACGUCUGUCUUUCACGGUUUGUGGAGGGGGUGUGUUGGCAGUUUGUGGUGAAUCCAGACCAGGGUGCUGAGCUCGAGAAAAUCUCCUUCUCACCACAGGACGCACGCGCGUACUCGGGGAGUGCAUUCCAUGCCGUCUUUGAGUACGGACCUGCCAUCGAAUUGGACUCUUAUGUCGUGCAUCAUGCCCAUUUUGAGCACGGAAGGCUGCUGGCACGAUCGGGCGACAAGGAUGGUGCGAGGCAGCUAGUUCUACCAGUAAUAUAACAUGAUAUUGCCCAGAUAUAAUUUUAUCUUCCGGAACACCAAGUAAAUGCCGGGAUGUAUCCUCUAAAUCACCUAUCUUUAAAUGCCACAAUAAAACAUAAAAUAUACACAUACACGGUGCCCAGUACCCUGUGUUGGUCACUUGGGCUGGGAUUGUUUUCGGUGCUACACAUCUCCGCCAGUCAAUACAUCU